AUGCCUUCUCGUACGGACUCGCCACUGCAAGUCGCCAUUAUCGGCGCUGGCCUCGGUGGCCUGGCAGCUGCUGUAUCCUUGCGUCGCCAGGGACAUAAUGUCACCGUCUAUGAGCGAUACGAUUUUGCGGGCGAAGUAGGCGCGUCGUUGAGUGCAGCCUCCAACGGGUCGCGCUUCCUUGAGGAAUGGGGAAUCGACGUGAAAGCAGCCAAGCCAGUCAUCCUCAAGCAACUUAUUAUGCACAACUGGUCUGAUGGUGAAGUCCAGAGCACAUACCCACUUGGCGACUACAAGUCCAAGUUCGGCACGGACUAUAACAACUUCCAUCGCAUCGACAUUCACAAGCAGCUUCUUAAAUCUGCCUUUGAAGAGCCCGGCGAGGGCCCAGCCUGUGUCUUGAAGGUGAACCACAAGGCCACCGAAGUCAACCAUGAGCAAGGUACUAUCCGAUUCGAAAAUGGAACCGAGACCACUGCGGAUCUGAUUGUCGCUGCCGAUGGAAUUCGCUCGCUCACCCGUGAAUUAAUUGGCAUUACUCCCGAGUUCGAAAUGUCUACCUCAUGUUGCUACAGAUGCAUCAUCGGGGCGGACAAGCUUCGCUCUCUCGGCCUGGAAGACUACAUCUCAAAUGAAGCCAUCGAGUACUGGGGUGGCUUUGGAAUCAACAAGAUCGUCAUGUCCCCAUGCAGUAACGGCGAGGUUGUCAGCUGCUACUGUUUCUACCCAGCGUCAGUUAACAACCUUCGCGAGGAUGGAUGGAACAUUGGUGCUUCGCCGCAACAACUGGUGGACACAUUCCCAGACUUGGAUCCCCGAAUGAAGACAUUGAUGCUGAAUGCUGAGGAUAUUAAGAUGUGGCGCUUAUAUCGACACCAACCGUACCCAUACUGGGCGAAAGGCAAUGUGUGCCUACUUGGAGACGCUGCUCAUCCCAUGAUGCCCGACCAGUCGCAAGGAUCCUGCAUGGCCUUUGAAGAUGCCGGUGCUCUAGGAAUCGUGUUCAACAAGAACUUCCGGGAGAACUACAGUGUUUUGGAAGGACUGUCACUAUAUGAGAAGCUGCGUAAGCCCCGUGCCACACGAGUGCAAGAAGCCAGCUUCCGAGCCCGUGAGAAUCUGAAUGAGCGAAUUGGAUGGAGCUCAUCAGCAGACCGACCAGGCAAACUGACCAUCGAGGAGGUUUGCGGGUAUAAUAUGAGGGAUCACCUGGCCGAGUUAAUGGCAGGAAACUAG